AUGGCGACCUCAAACGGCGCCGUCGCACCCACCCCUCAACCACAACCUCCCGCCGCGGCCACAAAGGGCCCCGAGCCCGUUUCAAUAUCGGAGGUCCGACCCAACAACAGCCGCGAAAACCGCACAGCAGCCCAUUCGCACAUCAAAGGGCUCGGCCUGCGACCCGAUGGCACCGCCGCACAGGACAGCCACGGCUUCGUCGGACAGACCGCGGCGCGAGAAGCAUGCGGUGUGGUGGUCGAUCUCAUCCGCGCCAAGAAGAUGGCCGGCAAGGCCGUGCUGCUCGCUGGCGGACCGGGUACAGGGAAAACGGCUUUGGCGCUGGCCGUCAGCCAGGAGCUCGGGACCAAGGUGCCGUUCUGCUUGAUGACGGGGAGCGAGGUGUACAGUGCCGAGGUCAAAAAGACAGAAGCAUUGAUGGAGAACUUCCGACGCGCCAUUGGGCUGCGGGUACAGGAGAAGAAGGAGGUGUAUGAAGGCGAGGUGGUGGAGCUCACACCGGAGGAGAGCGAGAACCCGCUCGGGGCGUACGGGAGGACCAUUUCACAUCUCGUCAUUACUUUGCGGAGCUCGAGAGGAACGAAGAAGCUGCGGCUCGAUCCCAGCAUCUACGAGGCCAUCCAAAAGGAGCGCGUCCGGCUGGGAGACGUGAUAUACAUCGAAGCCAACACUGGUGCCGUCAAACGUGUUGGCCGCUCCGAUGCCUUCUCCACCGAGUUCGAUCUCGAGGCGGAAGAGUACGUGCCUGUGCCAAAGGGCGACGUUCACAAGAAGAAAGACGUGGUGCAAGACGUCACGCUGCACGACCUGGACGUUGCGAAUGCAAGGCCGCAGGGUGGGCAAGACGUGAUGAGCAUGAUGGGGCAAUUGAUGAAGCCCAGGAAGACGGAGAUUACGGAGAAGCUCCGGGGCGAGAUCAACAAAGUGGUCAACAAAUACAUUGAUCAAGGAGUCGCUGAGCUGGUGCCGGGUGUUCUUUUCAUUGACGAGGUGCAUAUGCUCGACAUCGAAUGCUUCACCUAUCUCAACCGCGCGCUGGAAAGCACCAUCAGUCCCAUUGUCAUCCUCGCCAGCAACCGCGGUCAAACGACCAUCCGUGGCACAAACUCUCCCCUCGACCCAUCGUCAGGUCUCAUAUCCGCCCACGGCAUUCCUCCCGAUCUCCUCCCGCGCCUGCUCAUCAUCCCCACAAACCCCUACACUCCCAGCGAAAUCCGCACCAUCAUACAAAUCCGGGCGCGCCUCGAUCCGGAGGCGUUGGAGGCCUUGACAGCGCAGGGGGAGAAGGUCAGUCUACGAUAUGCGCUGCAGCUGCUUGCGCCUGCAGGGAUCCUGGCGCGGGCGAGAGGCAGUGAGGGCGGGGUUGUAAGUGGAGGGGAUGUAGCGGAGGCGGUGGGCUUGUUCAUGGACGCCGGCAGGAGUGCGGCGUUGAUUCGGGAGAGGGUGGGCGAGUUUAUCUCGUGA